AUGCAACCGCCGCAAGUCCAAGUGAACAAUGGAGCAUCAUUUAGUGGUGUGAUUUUCGUAAAGAACAAAUACGACACAUGCCGUGUGGAGGUAGCAAAUUCAAACUCUGCAACUCUGGUCUUAGGACUACCUAGAGAUUUUGGUAUGCGACCGAUUUCACUAGAAGGACUGGAAGAGACUACUUCAAAACCUGACGGAAAGAGAAAUGAAAAAGCUGAGCGAGUAAAGGAUGAGCGUGAGGAGUUCCGACAAAAACGCCAGGCAGCUGAAAGCCGUGACUGUGGCUUGAUUGACAUGUUGAAUGGCACUUACAAAACAACUGUGGUCAUACAAACAAAUAAUCUUGGUAUUCCUGGACUGGUAACCUCUAUGGACCAGCUGUACGAGGUGUCAUGUGACUAUUCAAGUAUGCUUGGAGGGAAAGUCCAAGCAGGAUACAAUAUGACUGUGCUAGGUCCCGAACCAAAUCUGAUACAACCGAGAGGAAAAAUCGAGCUCGGCAAUCCCGUAUUCAUGCAACUAGUGAGCGGUGACGGAGAACAACCCGUUGUUCAGGCUAAACUCGGCGAUAUAUUAGAAUUGCGUUGGGAGAUCAUGGCAAUGGAUGAUGAACUCGAUUUCUUCGUAAAAGACUGCUUCGCUGAACCUGGUGUAGGAGCAAAAGCUGAAGAGAAGCUGCAGUUGAUUCAGGGAGGAUGUCCAACACCGGCUGUUGCUCAGAAACUCAUUCCCGGUCCAAUAGAAGUGCAGUCGACGUCGGUGAAGGUCGCACGAAUGCAAGCGUUCCGCUUUGAUUCUUCUAGUUCUGUCAGAGUCACUUGCGAGCUCGACAUCUGUAAAGGAGACUGCACCCCGGUUGAGUGCGGAUUAACUGGGGGGCAACGGCAGUCAUGGGGACGCAAGAAGAGGGAAUCGGAGAAUUCCGUCGUGGAGUACGAAACGGCACGAUACAGAGUGCCUAAGCAUACUCGGGCAACAACAUCUAUCGUUAUUAUCGAUCCUUUGCAACAGGUUCAAGAGCCAGUCAGUUUGGCACGCGCGUCAGCAAUUGAUUUUACUCGGGAGGAGGCUGAAGAGAUCCCUGUGUCGACCGCUGGACAGAUGUGCUUGGCGAAACCGACUUUGAUUGGUGUUUUCGGAUUGCUUCUAACUUUAACGUCCGUACAAGCGAUCGUCGUCAUACAGUACCUCGUCAAACGGCUGUACAGUUCGACAAAACUCUAA